AGACAACCUCUUACAAACCGCAAGCUCAUCUAACCCCAUUUCCUACACUCUCUUCACCCCAGCGUAGAAUAGCAGCAACCAUGGCUACAAUGGCCCUGUCAUCUCCUACAUUGGCUGGGAAGGCCCUCAAGCUCUCUCCCUCCUCCUCCGACCUCCUCGGAGAAGGCCGCAUCACCAUGCGGAAGACCGGCAGGCCCAAGCCCGUCUCCUCCGGCAGCCCAUGGUACGGCCCAGACCGAGUCAAGUACCUGGGCCCUUUCUCCGGCGAGCCGCCUUCCUAUCUGACCGGUGAAUUCCCCGGCGACUACGGGUGGGACACCGCCGGCCUCUCCGCCGACCCUGAGACCUUCGCCAAGAACCGCGAGCUCGAGGUCAUCCACUGCCGGUGGGCCAUGCUCGGCGCGCUCGGAUGCGUCUUCCCUGAGCUGCUCUCCCGCAACGGAGUCAAGUUCGGCGAAGCUGUGUGGUUCAAGGCCGGCGCGCAGAUCUUCAGUGAGGGAGGGCUGGACUACUUAGGCAAUCCCAGCCUGGUCCAUGCACAGAGCAUUCUUGCAAUCUGGGCCACCCAAGUUAUCUUGAUGGGUGCUGUUGAGGGCUACCGCAUUGCUGGUGGGCCGCUCGGGGAAAUAACCGACCCACUCUACCCUGGUGGCAGCUUCGACCCACUUGGUCUGGCUGAUGAUCCAGAGGCCUUUGCUGAGCUUAAGGUGAAGGAGAUAAAGAAUGGACGGCUGGCCAUGUUCUCCAUGUUUGGAUUCUUCGUUCAGGCCAUCGUGACCGGUAAGGGCCCACUAGAGAACUUGGCGGACCACCUCGCUGAUCCUGUUAACAACAAUGCAUGGGCCUAUGCCACCAACUUCGUGCCAGGCAAAUGAGGGAGAUGUUCAUGGAUGGACAGGAUGGAUUCCCAUUGUUGCUGUGAUUGAGAAGUAUUUUUGUUGGGGUGGAAUGGAUUGUGAUUUGUGUAAAUUAUGAUUGAAUAGGAUGGAGAUUUCAGCUUUCA